CGGGGUUCGGAACAUCUCAAUUAUUUUUAAAGCGCACAAAGAGGGACGAAUGAUGUCGCGAAGAAAAACAAAUAUGGCGGAUCUUUUCUGAAACUAGUGACUAAAAUCAAUAGAUCAGAAAUGUAUUCUAGAGCUCAUCUUCUGAUAGAGACGGAAUACAAGAAGCUUCUUGAAGACCAACCAUGGGGUAUAGAUGCUACACCUGUACAAGAUGACAGUAUUUUUGAGUGGGUAGCCAAAGUGAAAGGACUAAGAGACUCAUUAUGGGAUGGAGGGGUAUUCAGAGUGUACAUUAAAUUUGAUGAACAUUAUAAUGUUCGUCCUCCAGAAGUUUGUUUCCAUACCAUUCCUUAUCACCCAAAUGUGGAAAUGAUCACAGGAAAACCGUGCAUUGAUUUCCUUGAUGAUUUUUCAAAAUGGAAAGAUACCUAUUCCUUGUCUUUCAUUCUAGUAACAAUACAGCAUUUACUCUCCAAUCCAAACUUAGACAGACCAGUUAACCAGGAAGCUGCAGACAUGAUGUUACACUCUCCUAAAGCUUACAGACAAAUGGUGCUAGACUGUGUCACUGCUAGUCAAAGGGUGGAAGCGGGGGUGAAUCCUCACCAGGACCUAGAAUCCCGAGUCAGAUUUGUCACACCUGACAACCAGAGGAAGCAGUACACAGGAACUGCUCGGACAGCCAACCCUGCCGUUACUCGCCUAUCCUUCGACGACUAUCACUCAACAUGGUGUGGAAUCGCAACCUCUAAACCUACAGUGGACACACCCAACCCAUUAUUAGAGGCAAUUAAAGAUAAACCUGGAUUACAAAAAGCACAUUUAGGAGUUCCUCAAGAAGAGAUUGAAGAUCAAAUGAAGAGACAGGUUGAAGAGCACAAUGCACUUAUGUAUGGAAACUUUAAAAUGAAAUCUAACGCUGAGGAAGAAAAGGCAGCAAAACUGGCAAAAUUAAACAGAAUGAAGAAGAUCUACCUGCCACCAAGAUUGUCUCCAACCCCAUCAGUACCACAGCCCACCAAGGAGCGAAAAGAAGAACCCUGGGAAGAUGAGGUGGAUAAUCUUGUGGAAUGGUCAUCAAAACUAGACGCUGAUGACAUUGAUGAUGUGUGAUGACAAUUCAAACUUUCUGGAAAAGAAUGAUAAUGAAAGUUAUUGAUGUAAUGACAAGAUAUUUUAUGAUGACUUCACUAGGUGAAGCAAACAUUCCAGCUGUAUUUUCAUGAAAGCACAUCUUUUCAACAAAGUUUCUGAAAUAUCUUUAUUGUUUGAAAUAUGUCCAACUGACUGGAAUUACAGAUAUGUUGGUCAUUCUGUCCGACACAACUCUUUAUUUCAUAGGACGAUUCUGACCCAAGUACAGUGUAUACUGUAAAAAAUAAAGUUUAUUAUUCAUAA